AUGGCGGCAGCAGUCUCUCCUCGGCCCUCGACUGCUUUCGACCUGCGCAAUACAGUUCCUUACACGAUCCGCAUAGCCCGACAGCUACCGUCAUGUUCUAGUAUACAGUACAAUCAUAAGCCGGAUCUCUCAGAUCCUGACAAUGCCGAGUCGUCGAUUUCACAUGCCUCCGAGGGCGACCGAGUCACGCUAUCCUUGAAAGACGGUGCCGACGAAUACAAGUAUACCGGCACACGCCACCAUGAUGACGAUGAAUACCUUCUGUUGCUCGACGAGGAAAGUAAAGACUUUGUGCUAGAAAAGCUCGCUUCAUCGUACGCUCUGAAUUUGACUCGUGCUCCCUGGGAGUCGAGCUCCAGAGUCCUGGCCGAUCGAUAUCCCCAGCUGCGAUCCACCGAGGAUGAGGAGCAUGCAGAAGACUUUGACAAAGCAGACGACCACGAAGGCGGCGUGUCACUGGAUCCAGCUGAUGCAGAUGCCUCCAACCCUUUCGACUUUAGACACUACCUGGAUGUUGAAGACUCGCCCAGUCCCCAUCUUCCUCCGGUCAGGGCUGCACCGGCAGCUACGCCGGCAGCCUCCCAAACCUCCACAAGAACAAACACGCCAAUCGCCAAGUCGAUACGCAAACAAACCUUUGCAUUCGCUCCGCAGACGGCCAAACUACCACCGAAACCCCGAGCGAGGCCAGCACCCGCCGAAGUCGAACGAAUCCCCACGGAUGCGACGCGCUCGCCAUCUCCGGAAACACAGUCGCAUCGUAAGACACAAGCUCAAGUACCAGCUGUUCGUCUGGACCGUCGUGCUUCGACACGGGUGGCAUUGCCCUCCAAGCCUCCGCCAAAGAAGAGGGAACCAGAAGAGCUUUCGCUCGACGAUGACGAUGAUGAUAACGGGGAUCUGAUUCUCGAGGGCGAUGAACCGGAGCACCAGUCAUACCAUUCCAACAACUCAAAGUCAAGUCUGGGCCUAGGCUUCACGAACGGGUUGGGUGAAGGUCCUCGCAGUUUGCGAAGCGCGGCAAGUAGUCCAGCUGCUAGUCACAUCAAUUCGCCAGCUCCGCAACGACCAAGUCCACUUGCCGAGCACCAGGAAACAAAUUACGACGAGGACGAACUUGUCAUGGAUCCAGACGAGGAGACCAACGAAUACGAUCAGGUUGAGAGUGAUGCGGAUGAGGACGAUGAUGUGGACGCUUUGCAGCUACCCAGCCCUGCGCAGACGCAUCAACCGAGCAUCAGCGGGCCAACUGUUAGUGGUGACGACGACUACGAUCUCGAAAAGCAAAUGUUGCUCGAAUUAGAAGGAGGCCUGGAUGACUAUGCUGCGUCUGGACAACAAGGAGGGGCAGACAGCGAUGAAGAGAGCGAAGAAGAAUAA